UUCCCCUCUCUCUUUCCCCUUCACUCACUCAUGUCAGUCAUCCGCGAUGCUGGAGAGAGAGCCCGGCUCCGCGCGCAACAUGUCCGCGAUCACCGCUAAUGACGCGUGCGAUGCCUGUUCCACACCAGCGCUGCAUCUGAACUCCACGGAAAUUUACUCGCAUUCUCAUGUUGAUGACGACGACGAACUUCUCAAGUACAUUUGGAGGGAAUAUUUGCAUCCUAAACAAUAUGAAUGGGUGCUCAUAGCUGGAUAUAUCAUGGUUUUCCUUGUAUCUCUGGUCGGAAACACAUUGGUUUGUUUUGCAGUUUGGAAAAACCAUCACAUGCGCACUGUGACCAACUACUUCAUCGUGAACCUGUCCUUCGCAGACAUCCUAGUCACAAUCACAUGUCUUCCUGCAAGUCUUGUGGUGGACAUUACAGAAACCUGGUUCUUGGGACAGACCCUGUGCAAGAUACUACCUUACUUACAGACGAUCUCGGUGUCGGUGUCGGUCCUGACUCUGAGCUGCAUUGCCCAGGAUCGCUGGUACGCCAUCUGCCACCCGCUGAAGUUCAAGAGCACUGCCAAAAGAGCCCGCAAGAGUAUCGUUCUGAUCUGGCUGGUUUCCUGUGUGAUCAUGAUUCCUCAAGCUAUAGUCAUGGAGUGCAGCAGUCUUCUGCCAGAGCUGACCAACAAAACCAGUCUGUUCACUGUGUGUGAUGAACACUGGGCAGAUGAAAUCUACCCUAAAGUGUACCACACCUGCUUCUUCAUUGUCACGUAUUUUGCUCCAUUAUGUUUGAUGGUCCUGGCAUACAUCCAGAUCUGUCAUAAGCUCUGGUGUCAACAGAUUCCCGGGACGUCAUCGGUGCUUCAGAGGAAGUGGAAGUCUCUGCAGUGCUCCGCUCACGCCGGCGGCUCGGGAGAAGCGGUGAAGGUGAGGACCAGCACCGUCUCAGCGGAGGUCAAACAGGUGAAAGCCCGACGGAAGACGGCCCGCAUGCUGAUGGUGGUGCUGUUUGUGUUCGCCCUCUGUUACCUGCCCAUCAGUGUCCUCAACAUCAUGAAGAGAGUAUUUGGCGCUUUCAAGAACACAGACAACAGAGAGACGGUCUACGCCUGGUUCACCUUCUCACACUGGCUUAUAUACGCCAACAGUGCCGCCAAUCCAAUCAUCUACAAUUUCCUCAGUGGUAAGUUUCGAGAGGAGUUUAAAGCGGCGUUCAUCUGCCAUUGCUCCGGUGGAGACGAGACACCGAAGGAGAGAGUCAGAGCGAGAACCAGUACAGACAGCCGCAAAUCCCUGUCUACACAAGUCAACAACUUCGACAACAUCUCCAGGAUAUCUGACCAGGCUGUGUAGCUCAGCGUGGGUCACUCGCCAUCACGGACAGCCGGGCUG